AUGAAAUAUCUUAACACAGCCGCCAUCUUGUCGCUCCUCUGCGCUUCAGCGAGUGGGUUUGCUCCUUCUGCUCGCAACAACCAGCUGCAGUUUCAGCUCCAGUUUCAGUCGAAAUCGCAGACACAAACGCCUUCCUUUAACGAUAAGAACAACAAUGCACUUCAGAGUCCCACGAGUGUUGAGUCGCAGCUUUUCAUGGCUGACCGAGUGCAGAUUCUUGAAAAGGAAGCCUCAACCUCAGACUCAACCUCAGACUCUACAUCACCUGUCACACGUUCAGCUGACGACAGUGUCUCAGGAGACAUCGCCACUGAAGAAGAGUUGGAUGGUGAAUACAAGAAAGGAAUUGCCAUCAUUGGUUUCAUUACCUUGUUGAACGCUUCCCUCGCCCCUGUCUGGCACACUGUCUUUGCUUCUGGAAAUAGUCCGCCACCACUAUUUCUGAAUGCCAUUGUGAGUGUCGUGGCUUUCACAGGCCUCUUGGCUGGAGGAUCCUUGCUCGAUUCGAGUGUAGAAUCUUCCAGCGCUCUUGCCGGCUCAUCAGGGGAGAAAUGGUCACAGCAAUCAUUCCGCGGUGGCAUUGAACUGGGAUUGUGGAAGGGUCUUGGAACGACAUGUCACAUCUAUGGAAUGGCAUUGACAACCGCUAACCACGGAGCCUUUCUUUUGCAAUUGACUACCUUGAUUGUCCCUGUUAUUCAAGGUCUUCGGGGAGAAAAGAUACCCACCCAGAUUAAGCUUGCUGUUGUUUUGGCACUUGCAGGAAUCAUUGGUUUCACACAGGAUCCAUCCGGGGCUAGCGACGUAGCGGUUGAUGCCGCGCAAAUGCAAUUGGGUGACUCACUAGUCCUCGGAGCAGCUUUUUUUUACUCGCUGUAUGACAUUCAGACAUUUUAUUGGGGACGUGAGGUUCCAAGAACUGAGUUGGUCACUAUCAAGGUUGGAUUCCAAGCCAUCCUUUCCAUCUUGCUAUGUGCUAUUUUUGUUCGAGAAGAUGUUGUCAACUACAUCACCUCCGGUCCAGAUCUCGCUGUCAUGAUUCCUGUGGUGUUGUGGAGUGGAUUGAUUGUCAAUGCUUUGGCUACUUUCUUGCAAGUCGGUGGUAUGCAAAGUGUUGGACCAACAAGAGCGCAGACCAUUUUUGCGUCGCAACCUCUUUGGGCAUCCAUAUUGAACUUUGUAUUUAUAGGGGAAGUCAUGGGAGUCCAAGGAUUUGUCGGUGGAGGUGCGUUUUUGGGGGCUCUCUUUUUGGCGGCGACCGCGGAUGCUCCGAAGCCAAAAUUGAAGGGUGCGGAAGAAUCACUAUGA